GGAUGCGCUCUGCCUGUAUGCCGGGGCUGUGAAGCCCUCCAGCCGCCGUCGCCGGAGGAGAGCCUCGUCUGGUGAGACGCCUGGCCUGCGCUCCGCUCCGCCGCCGCCCCGGGGAGAGGACGAGAGAAGUGGCCGCCGCGGGGGGCAGAGGAGCUUGUCUCCCCCCUCCCGCCCCCCACCCUGCUCCUGGGUUUUCUCUGUGGCUUCUCGCUCUUCGCAGGAAGCCGUGCGGUACUAAUCUCUUGGCUCCCAGAUGGCCAAUUCCCUCAACGGCCGGAACCCGCGCAAGGGACGGAUCCUGGGCUUCAUUGAUGCCAUUCAGGAUGCUGUGGGCCCCCCCAAGCAGGCAGCUGCCGACCGGAGGACCGUGGAGAAGACCUGGAAGCUUAUGGACAAAGUGGUAAGAUUGUGCCAGAACCCAAAGCUUCAACUCAAAAACAGCCCUCCUUACAUACUUGACAUUUUACCUGACACUUACCAGCAUUUGCGACUUAUACUGAGCAAAUAUGAUGACAACCAGAAACUUGCGCAACUCAGUGAGAAUGAAUAUUUUAAAAUCUACAUUGACAGUCUCAUGAAAAAAUCGAAACGGGCUAUAAGACUCUUCAAAGAAGGGAAGGAAAGAAUGUAUGAGGAGCAGUCACAGGAUAGGAGAAACCUGACAAAGCUGUCCCUUAUCUUCAGCCACAUGCUAGCAGAAAUCAAAGCUAUUUUUCCAAAUGGCCAAUUCCAAGGUGAUAACUUUCGUAUUACCAAAGCUGAUGCUGCAGAUUUUUGGAGGAAGUUCUUUGGAGAUAAAACUAUAGUGCCAUGGAAAGUGUUCCGGCAGUGCCUUCAUGAAGUUCAUCAGAUAAGCUCUGGUUUGGAAGCAAUGGCUCUUAAAUCUACUAUUGAUUUGACCUGCAAUGACUACAUUUCAAUUUUUGAAUUUGAUAUCUUCACUAGAUUGUUUCAGCCAUGGGGUUCCAUCUUGAGGAACUGGAACUUUUUAGCUGUGACACAUCCUGGAUAUAUGGCAUUCCUGACAUAUGAUGAAGUGAAAGCAAGAUUGCAAAAAUACAGCACGAAGCCUGGAAGCUACAUUUUCAGACUGAGUUGCACUCGCUUGGGACAGUGGGCCAUUGGAUAUGUGACUGGCGAUGGGAACAUAUUGCAGACCAUACCUCACAAUAAACCUCUGUUUCAAGCUUUGAUUGAUGGAAGCCGGGAAGGAUUCUAUCUGUUCCCAGAUGGACGAAGUUACAAUCCUGACUUGACAGGAUUAUGUGAACCCACACCACAUGAUCACAUAAAAGUCACACAGGAGCAAUAUGAAUUGUACUGUGAAAUGGGUUCCACUUUUCAGCUGUGUAAAAUUUGUGCAGAGAAUGACAAGGAUGUGAAGAUAGAGCCUUGUGGACACCUUAUGUGCACUUCAUGUCUGACAGCAUGGCAGGAAUCUGAUGGCCAAGGCUGUCCUUUCUGCCGCUGUGAAAUCAAAGGAACUGAACCAAUCAUUGUGGAUCCCUUUGAUCCAAGGGAUGAAAACUCCAGAUGCUGCAGUAUUAUUGAUAGCUUUAGUAUGCCCAUGUUGGACUUGGAUGACGAUGAUGAUAGAGAAGAGUCUUUAAUGAUGAAUCGUUUGGCUUCAGUCAGAAAGUGCACUGAGAGGCAGAAUUCACCAGUGACCUCCCCGGGAUCUUCCCCUCUUGCACAAAGAAGAAAACCACUUCCAGACCCUCUACAAAUUCCACAUCUUAGUCUUCCACCUGUACCUCCUCGACUGGAUCUUAUUCAGAAGGGGGUGGCACGGUCACCAUGUGCCAGCCCAACUGGAUCUCCAAAGUCUUCUCCUUGCAUGGUGAGGAAACAAGACAAACCUUUGCCAGCACCACCACCUCCCUUGCGUGAUCCUCCUCCACCCCCACCGGAGAGACCCCCUCCGAUUCCACCAGACAACAGGAUAAGCAGACACCUACAUCAUCCGGAAAGUGUGCCUUCCAGAGACCAGCCAAUGCCUCUUGAAGGCCGCUGCCCCAGAGAUGUGUUUGGGACAAGUCAGUUGGUAGGAUGUCGAAUAGGGAGUGAUGCUUCUCCCAAACCAGGACUGACUGCUAUUUCAAACAUAAAUGGAAGGCACAACCGCAUAAGUUCUGAUCCAGGGUUUAUGAGGAAACACAGACGUCGCGAGCUGCCUGCAGAAGGUGCCAAGGUCUUUUCAAAUGGUCAUCUGAUAAAUGAAGAACAUGAUGUCCCUCCACGACUUUCACCCCCUCUUCCAGCUGCCUCCAUCAUCCCUAGUAUAAAGUGCCCUGUUUCUUCAGCAGAUUCUUUGUCUGAUAAAUCAAGGGAUCACACAGAUGAUGAUGAAUACAAAAUUCCUUCUUCACAUCCUGUAAUACUGAGCUCACAACCACCUCACAGUCAUAAUAUAAAGCCUCUACCUCGGGUGUGUGAAAAUGGCCAAUGUGCUGGAAUAACGAAUGGCACACACAGUAGCACUACUUCUGAGAUGAAGAAAUCAAAACAUCCGGAGUUAGGAGAUGUCUAUGAUGCACCUACUGUUCCGGUACCUUUGCCACCUGCACGACCUCCUACCAGAGACAACCCAAAACACAGCUCUUUGCUCAACAGGACACCCUCCGAUUAUGAUCUUCUGGUGCCCCCUUUAGGUGAAGAUGCAUUUGAAAAUUCACCUCCUUCACUACCACCGCCACCACCCCCUGCUCGGCACAGCAUGAUCGAGCACACAAAACCUGCUGGCUCAGGAAGCCGACCUUCUUCAGGACAUGAACUGUUCCUUCAUUCUGAUCCCCAUUUUGAUGUGAUGACUGGUCAUGUUCCUUUGCCACCUGCUCGUAGGGUAACUGGGGAAAAUGUCAAAACAAAUAGGACAUCUCAAGACUAUGAUCAACUUCCUCCCUCUUCAGAUGGUUCACAAGCACCAGCCAGGCCCCCUAAACCACUUCCUCGGAGGACUGCACCAGAAAUACACCACAGGAAACCAUACAACUCUGACAGUUCCACAGAAAAUGUGGAUGCAAAGAUUGCAAAACUUAUGGGAGAGGGCUAUUCCUUUGAAGAAGUCAAGAGGGCACUUGAAAUUGCCCAGAAUAACGUUGACGUGGCCCGUAGUAUUUUAAGAGAGUUUGUCUGUUUUCCUCCACCGGUUUCCCCACGUCUCAAUCUAUAGCAGCAUCGAGAUUUUCUUGGAGCAUGUGAAUUCUACAUAUACACAUGUGGACUGAUGAAUGAGAGAACAGAAUGGAUUAUUUUUCUUUCAUCCUUAGUAGAAGGGUGUUUGUUUCCAGCCGUUUAUCAAAGGCUCAUGGCUGCUCUGAUCAAGACUUAUAAAUAUGCUGAGGCUUAUGUAUUUUUGCUAGCCAUACUUUUUUAAAUCAGGGUUGAACUGACAAAAUAAUUUAAAGAAGUUUACUUCCCUAGAACUUUUAAUCUGUGAAAUGCUUUUUCCUGUUUACAAGUUGGCAAGUUACAGUUUUCUAGUUGAUAUCUGUACUAUGUUCCUGUUCAUAUUCCCUUGUACUUGUGGUCAGUUCUGCUGUAGCAUUCCCAACAGUUUCCAUGCUGACCACUCCAUCAACUAUAUCAUCACUUACAGAAGUUCUGUGUCUGAUUUUCGGUUGUUGCAUCUUUUUUUUUUCCCCACUUACAAGAUGCUUUAAUUGUUUUUUGCAUUUCAGCUCAUCAAAUGCAAAAAGUUUGUGGCCUUCACUACUGAUUUGUGUUUUUUCUUCUGAGAUUCCUUUGCUUUUGAGAGAGGAAAUAUCUGAAUGUAAAAUAUGUUAUUCUGUUUAUGAAUUGCCUUUUUAUAGGUGUUUUGAUGGUAAUGUUGGGCAGCUUUCUGUUUAACAUAAAUUCCAUGACCUGUAUUCUUCAAGGUCUUUUAUACAGUUUCUGCAAAAUCGUCCCAAUCAACAAAUUUAACACUUGAUGCAGCAGCGAUACUGAGUUCUAAUACAUAAAAAGUCUUUCAAAUUUGAGUAUUUGAUUAAAAAUGUUCAAAGAAGCCAAAUGCACUGUGUUCCAAUUGCACACUAAUGGCACCAGUUCUCUAUGACCUGUUUAAAUUGAGGCAUGCCAGGCUAGAAGGACUCUUUUUGAAUCGUGUUAAUGAUAUUGAGGUAAAUUCCAAUUCUAGUUUCUGUAAAGUAGAAUGCAGUUAAUUUUUUUUUUUUUAGUGAUUAUCCUGUGGUUCACUGUGGCUUGGAUCAGUUUGUAUUAACGUGGAAACGUAAAAUCUUUGAUGCACUGUUAAUUCCUAAUGCUACUGUAGCAAUAUAUUUUUGCAAAUUUCUUUAGUAACCUCUCCUCUGUACACAUUAUUAUCAAGUAAAUGUUUAAUACCCAAAUUCAUUCACCCACUUUUCCAGCUGCUUAGUUGGAAAUACAUUUUUGCUUUAUGUGGUUAGCAAUGCUACAGGCUUUGAUACUUUGUUUUUGAGCCCAAAUAUAUGCAAGCCAAAUUAAAAAUCAGCCCAAUUUUAAAUGAGAAGACAACUCAGUUCAAAGUAGAGUCGAAGAGUCCAAAUAUGUCCAUAUAAUUCUUACAAUGGCUGCUUUCUUGUUUUUAUGGGAAACUCUGAAAUCUUCUUUACUACUGUUACUGUUGAAAAAGUGAAACCAUGUGGCAGUUAGAAUUUUUUCACAUUUUGAGAUGUGACCAAUAUAUGGAAAUUUUCACAGUGUGCUAAACUGGGUGUGAGUUAUAUAUUUAUUGCUCCCUUUUAGCUUUUAGUGUUCUCCUUCACUCAAAGCAAGUGGUAAAAGUUACAUCACUCUCAUGGUCAGAUCUCUGCGGCCCAAUGCAUUUGUUUUAAAGAUUUUCUAGAGACAGCAAAUGGCUGAAUUGCAGGAUUCAAAAUAACUGGGAAAACCCAGCAGAAAUAACUGUGAUAUUUCAAAGUCCGUCGUUUCAGCAACUAACUUAUUCAUAAAGUAAUUCAGUUGUUCUGUAGCAUUACAAAGCAUUGUAUGGGUAUCGUUAAUCUGCUUCAAUGGUAAAUGAUUAGGAGAAUUCAGGGUAUAGGGAAGAGCUUCUGUUUUGAUUUAAGCAAAUGAUUCUGAGUUUAUGUUCUAAAAAAGGGCAUUUGCAGCUUCCUUAAAAAGUUCAUUCCUUGAGUACAGCUUAUGAAAAGUUUUGGUUGAAGUUAUACUCUGUGCUUUUAAUUCAAGUAAAUCUUUUUCCUCUGUUUUGAGGGGAAGCUUUUGUGUAGUCUUGAACCCCCUUGUUCAUUUUGUUUGUUUACAACAUCACUCGCAUUUUAGCUAACUAUAAAUUCAAAAUGAUUCAUGCUACUAAAUUAAACACUCUACUUGUACUGGAAUUACUUAAAUGAGGUUCUAGCAUAACUGUCAGAAUAGCAAUGACGACAGUGAAAAAAGAACACUUUAUAAGGAUGAACAAACAAUCUGCAGACUGAGUUCUGAAAUUUUGAGUUGUAAUGAAGAGCUCGUUUUCUUAUUUUUAUGCAGCAGCUUAGUAUAAAUUACAGCCCUAUAUUUCAAUUAGGGGAUGGAACUGCUGCCUGAUAGAUUAAGGUUUUUAAAUUUUUCCUUUCUAGUUGUGACCGCUAGUGACUUUUUUUAUCUUAGUGUGUGCUAAAAAAAAGCCUGAUGAGCAAUAUUCUGAGUGGUAACUUGAAGAGUUCCAUUAAUCUUUAAAUGAGUGUGCUAAUAACAUUUCUAAAUAGUGGAAUAUGAAGACUAUUGCAAAACUGGUUUGGUUAAUAGUUUUAAAGUCAAACAGUGAAAUUGCUUUGGUAGAGUGUUGAUGUUUACUCUGCAAGAAUUAAUAGGCAUAAAAUAAAUUAAUCUGGCCACAGUCUGUUUCUCUAAAAGCAUAGUUAUCUAAACACAUUUAAACCUUUGAAAGACUUAAGGGUUUGAGUCUGGCAGUGUGUUAUGCACACGUAUAUCUUUAAGGAAGAUAUGCACCUGUAUAACUUUAAGGAAGACUGACUUCAGUAAGAGUACUUGAGUGAACAAAGUUGGUUAAACUCAGAAGCAUGUGCUAUCCUAUUUCUUCCAAUUAAGUGUCAUGGCAGACAUCAUUCUGAUGUGUGUUGGCCUUACCUUUUGUCUCCUUUUGGCUAAAUAACAGCAUUUUAAGCAAACUGGCUGAAUCAGAAGUUGAACAAAGUAAGUGAACAUCAGUAGCAUGGUUGUUUUCCAAAGACUGAGUAGAAAAAAAUGGAUAUUGUGAUAAAAUAAAUGAAUCCAAUGCGAUUACCCAUGUUAGUGGCUUGGCUGGAACCUUAAAAAUGGCCACUGGUAAAAUUUGGUAAUAAUCAGUAUCUCAAGAGUGUAUUUGGCACAGAUUUUUCAUAAUGUGAAUUUAGGGUGUUUUGUAGCAGGAUCAUUUCUUCUGUUAAAUAUCUCAUUUUCAGCUUGAAGCUUUACUUUGCACCGGUGACUCUGACCUGAAAGCAUUUAAAUUUAUGUCUUAAAGCUGGACAAAUUUUGAAACAAGUGCAAACCGUAUUCUAAGCAAAUUCAGGUGCUACCUGUUCACCUGGAAUUCAACGCUUUUAGGAAUGACUUCUUGAAAAAGGACUAGUUUCCAUUUUGAUGGAUUUUCUUUCAAAUAACUUUUAUCUGAAAAUGCCUUUUAUAAACUUGUCUAACAUGUGGCAAACUUUGUGAUGUGUUCGAUUAAUUUAUAUUUUAUUCAACAUUUUUUUUAAAUUUCGGUUAUUAUGUAAGCUCAAGUUCUUUAUCUGUUCAUGUAAGGUAUUUUAUAAAAUUAAUGUUAACAGAAUAUUGGAUUGGUCCGUGAUUUUUCAAGACUCUGUCUCUCCGUAAUCGAAAAUUACUACUUUUCACAUGGUGCUUUCGAAACGUAGUAUAUCCUGUCUAGGUCUUAGAAACUAUUGUUUUGUAAGCCACAAAAGUCAGGCAUUGCUCUAAAAUUAAGUGAAUCAUUGCAUCAGGUGCAUUCACUUUGUCCCCUACAUUGCUUCAUUUCUGAAUUUCAGUAGUAAAAAUUUAUAAUUUGGCAGUAAUUUUAGAUGUAACAGUUAUAUGGCAGAAAGACAAUAGCCAUUAAAUAAGUAGCAUCCAAAGCGGCCCACACAUAGUGCAACUGUACAUGAAUUUACAAGAUUUUUUUUUCAUGCAGAAAAUUACAAUAAGCUCACACUGUUUCUUUUACCAGCCUGCAGAGUUCAGAACUAGGCUGUGAUUCUCAUCUCUGCAAAAUACCUAAACAGCUGAACCAAAUCUGAAGAAUAAUCAAACUACUGUAGUCAUUCAUGUUUUAAAAGCCAUUUUUUUCUCCCUAGAUAGCUGGGGAGGAACAUGUAUUUACUCCAAAACAGAUAGCUUUCUCCUGCACAUCUGUGUAACAAUUAGGACACUGAAAAUAGGAAAUGCUCCCUAGUUUGCAUUCGACCACAAUGCAGUAAGUGCCCUAAGGAGAACUUGUCUUUUGGUAAUUUGCUGGUUGAAUAUUGCUGAUUGAAUAUCACUGAUUUCAAAGGCUAUGCAAAGAUAAAUAAAUCUACAUCGUUCGGAAAUACUUCAAGGCAGUAGCUGGCAGAGUUUUCCAGAGCUAUUACCUUGCUUGAACACAUGACUUUCACCUGUUUCUUCUUGAAGUUUAUGUCUUCAUUACCAAUUAAUAUGGUCCACACAAAAUUCCUGGACCAUUAUUUCGAAGUUUUUAUUCUCUGUACCUUUCACUAUGGUUGUUAUCAGUAAUACUGUUUUUAAUCUAGGCUUGUACACUGAAAAUCAAAUGAUCCUAUUCUCUCACAUCGCAGCUUGCGCCAAGUUCAGCCCUGCCUUUGUCCCACAGAUGCAUCACUUGGUUGACAUCUCCUCUUCUCUUCCCACUCUGAAUCUCUUCACAGUGAUAUCAGCCACCUUCAUCAUCCUUUAUUGCAAUAACUUCUGCAAGGGGGUUGGACUAGAUGAUCUCUAAAGGUCCCUUCCAACCCCUACCAUUCUAUGAUUCUAUGAAUAAUGACAGACAUUUGAUAGUUUCCUAUCUCAAUUUGCAACCACAUCUGUAUUUUCUUCUGUAAUCUCUCAUAAGUGUUGUGUUAAUCUUGUUAGUCUCAAUCAUUAUACAGAUUUUUCGUGCCAUAUCUGAAUGGUCCUGGUGAGUAGUUAUCCAAAAUGAAUUCAGAAUUCUGUGAGAAAGCUCAUUUUCUGUAAUAUCACUGCCAUUUUUUCCUGCUCACUUCUCCACCAGCAGAUACACUCUUCUGUUUCAUUAUUUGUUUGUCAGGGAUGGAGAUCCUGUGCUUAUUUCAAUAGGUCCUUAUUUCUGAGAUGUGAAAAGAAACCAAUAAAGA